ACACAGGUGUGUCCAAGAAGGUAACGGGAGAGGCGGAGACAGGAUCAGAGAUGUGUGUGUGCAGAUUGAGGCAUGCACCCUCGUCCCAGAGCCCCUGCCACCCCUUCCCCUCAAAGGUAACCUGGAAAAGUCAAAUCCACCAUGGGUCAUUGUGCCCAGAUCUCCAUUCCCAGGAGAGCUUAUACAAACGACAAAGGGCGACUUCAUCUUUGCCUCAUUUAAUAUGUGCACAGUGUGCAUUUGCCAAGCCCCCACUACGUGCAGGCGCUGUGCCAGGCUCUGAGGGCGCAGUAGUGGAAGCUUUUGCCCUUGGUGUGCCUUUGGUCUCGUGGGAGGACUAGACAAAUAGGCAGCCCCAAGACAGCACCCAAGAUGCUAUGACAGGAACAGACCUGAGGAGAUGAUGAGAGCCCAUGGGGGUGGCUGGCAGGGGGCUGGGCACAGACUUUGGGACAAUCUUGGUGAAAACAGGAUAUCUGCCCUCAGGAAGCUCUCCACUGAGGGGCAGGCAAGCAGCCUCUCAAAGCUCGCCAGCUCCCCUGCCUGGAGGUCUAGGGCUGAACAAGGCUUGGGACCUCUUGGGUGUCCCCACCCCUGCCAUUUUCCUGGACAUGGCCUCCCCUGGCCCCCGCAGGGCACCCCCUUGACCGCAUCACUCCCUCUGGGCACCUGCCUUCUUAAGAGCCUUUCCAGACACCCCCUGGGAACCCAGAGAGCCAGCAGAUCCCAGGAGCCUUCCAGAAAAUGAGUUCCAUGGAUGUCUGACCUCCCUUGGGAAUGUGCUCUCCAGGCCUGGCCUUUCGGCUGCCAGAUUGCAACAUCUCUGGCCAGAAGGAGAGAUUUAGACCAGUCCAUCCCACGGCCCAAUCUCACCAAGAACUGGAAACUCUGGCCCCGACCUCCCCCAACACCCAACAGCAAGAAGGCCCAUGGGUGGCCACAUGCUCUGGACAAGACUAAAGCAAGGCUGUGCAGCGGAGGAGGCUCCAGGCAGCAGGAGGGAUCGAGCUUGCACCCCAGGACUUCCUCACAUCCAAGAGAAGACUCUUCACGCACCCUGGACCCUUCCUCCAUUCUGGGUGGAGGAGGGACUCAGGGGGCAUUCUCAGAAGCAGGGAAAGGACAAGCCCCCUGGUUAAGGCUCCCCUUGCCCCCCAAGCUCAUGGGAAAGUUGAAAUCAGCUGGGGUCCUUCUUUUGGGGGACACAAGGGAAAAAAGCAGUGGUGUGGGAGAUCCAGACUGACCGACAGAUAGCCCCAGAGUCCAAGGACUUAAGCAGGGGCCCUAAGACAAUAAACUUGGGCUCCACUUCCUCUUCCCCCUGAGUAUGGUUUCCAGGAGUCCCUCCCACUGUUCACUGCAGGAAAUGCUGGGGGCCUCUGGGCCCCUUCGCCUGUGGUCGCCCAGCAGCCCUCUGUUCCCCGCCUGGGCCUGGGGGCUGGGCACUCCACACAUUUGAGGCGGGGCCAGAUGCCCGCAGGCAGAGCCUCUUUUUGUCCAGGGAAUUGGAUCCCAGGACAGGUGGGACAGGGUUGUCCCCUCUGCGGAGGGGGGAUUGCCCAGGGAGGCGUUUGCUAGAGGAGGGACCAGCUGAGCUCCUGGUCCUUCCUUUCCGCCCCAGUCCUGGUCCAGAGCUCCGGCAGGCUCGGGCUCCCCGCCUCUCCCGCCAUGUACCGACCGCGAGCCCGGGCGGCGCCCAAGGGCAGGGCCUGGUGCUGCCCGCUGCCGACCACCCUGCUCCUGCUGCUCGCCUACCUGGCUUACCUGGGGCUGGGCACCGGCGUGUUCUGGGCGCUGGAGGGCCGCGCGGCGCAGGACUCCAGCCGCAGCUUCCAGCGCGACAAGUGGGAGCUGUUGCGGAACUUCACGUGUCUGGACGGCCCGGCGCUGGACUCGCUGAUCCGGGACAUCGUCGAAGCGUACAAGAGCGGGGCCAGCCUCCUCAGCAACACCACCAGCAUGGGGCGCUGGGAGCUCGUGGGCUCCUUCUUCUUCUCCGUGUCCACCAUCACCACCAUCGGCUACGGCAACCUGAGCCCCCACACGAUGGCCGCCCGCCUCUUCUGCAUCUUCUUUGCCCUCGUGGGGAUCCCGCUCAACCUCGUGGUGCUCAACCGCCUGGGCCACCUCAUGCAGCGGGGAGUGCACCGCUGCGCCCGCAGGCUGGGGGGCGCCGGGCAGGACCCCAGCACGGCGCGCUGGCUGGCGGGCUCGGGCGCCCUCCUCUCCGGCCUGCUGCUCUUCCUGCUGCUGCCCCCGCUGCUCUUCGCGCACAUGGAGGGCUGGAGCUACAUCGAGGGCUUCUACUACGCCUUCAUCACCCUCAGCACCGUGGGCUUCGGCGACUACGUGAUCGCAACAGGGUCAACUCCUUUCUUCGAUGGGAAUGCUGCGGUCCCCGUCCUGGCCACUGGAUGUGGCCGCCCACGUCCUGCGCUGCCUGCGCAGCCACUCCUCUGCCCCAAGGCCGUGGCCAGCGCAGCGCCGGGUCCCAGCCGCUGCUCCUCCCGGGCCCGCAGCCCUCGCUGCCCCAAUUGCAUUUGCGGCUCCGUCCGCCUUGCCAGCUGCCAGGUCUCCUGCCACUUGUGAUUUCAGCUACCAAAAUGAAAUAAAGGGGGAAUGGAUGCCUCCUCCCCUCUGUGACCAGGAGCAAGCCAAGCCGGCGGGUGGCAGGGCCGGGGAGCUGGCUCGCUGCUGAUCUCAUUUGGGACCGUCAGCGGAAUCGCGGCCCCGUAACCCAAUCAGCCUAAUCCAAUCCCAGCUUCUCCCAGUAGCACCACCGGUCACCCGGGCUGCAGCCUCACCCCAGCGGAGCCCGAGCAGCGAGGGUCUGUCCUGUGGGCCUGGAUAGAGAGGCCGUCUGGGGGUGGCAGGACAGGACGAGCAGGAGACAGGGGAUGCGGGGCGCUGAGGCAGAGAGGGAGGUGGGGAAACAGGAGGGCAGAUCUACACCCUUGAAGGAGCCCAGUCUAGAGAGGGAGGCAGCACAGACCCCAGGGAGGGCAGUAAAUGACAGAGAGGGCAUGCCGUGGCAAGGGUUAUCUGAGACACAGCGACCCCGUCUGCCCUUCCCGGCCGUACUGCCCAGUACGGACUGCACCGAGAGGGGGAUUUGAUGGGGUAAAACAAUCAGCCAACCACGGGUCCCGGGCUCUGUGGCUGCGUCAGCUCCUGAGGUCCCCAGCGGUGGCAGGAGGAGGACCUUUGCUGUCUCCACCUCACAGCCGAGGGAGUAACCUGCAGGACGAGGGGAAGUAACCGGGCCAAGAGGAGUUUGAAGUGAAGAGCAUGCAAAGCUGAGGGAACAGCAAGUACAAAGGCCCUGAGGCAGGAAGGGUGACAGUCGUGCAAGUGGGGAGAGAGUGGCAGGGCAGUCAGGGGGGAGAGGCGUGCUGCAGAGGUGAGGCUUUGGAACU